AUGCACGCAGAUUUCAACUGAUAAAACCAAACUUCGUGUUCAUUUCCCUUAUCUCUUGACAUAAAACCUUUAUAACUUGUUAACAUGCUCAUUCUUUGGUGAUAUUUUCUCUUUCUUUGUUAACUUCAUCUUCCUCUACUUUUAAUAUCCAAGAAAAAUGUACUGUAUAACAGUAUAUAAAGCAUCUUGCUUUCACAAUGGCAAGGCAGGGUUGGAAUGUUGUCGUGAGCAAUCAUCGGGGACUGGGAGGCAUAUCAAUUACUUCUGAUUGCUUCUAUAAUGCUGGAUGGACAGAGGAUAUUCGGAGUAUCAUCGAUCAUAUCCACUGUCAAUAUCCUGAAGCUCCUCUAUAUGCUGUUGGAACUAGCAUUGGUGCCAAUAUUCUGGUUAAAUAUCUUGGCGAGCAUGGGGUUAACAUUCCUCUUACUGGCGCUGCUGCUAUUUGCUCUCCAUGGGACCUUUUGAUAUGUGACAGGUUCAUCAACCGCAGGCUUGUGCAGAAAUUAUAUGAUAGAGUGCUAAGUGUGGGUCUAAAGGCAUAUGCACAGUUGCAUCAAUCUGUCUUGACUCGUCUAGUAGAUUGGAAUGGCAUUGAGCUGUCAUGUUCAGUUAGAGACUUCGACAGACAUGCAACUCGAGUUCUUGCAAAGUUUGAGACUGUAGAUGCAUAUUACAGGCGUUCUAGUUGUGUGAAUUUUAUAGGAAACGUAUCCUUGCCUCUCCUGUGUGUGAGCGCACUGGAUGAUCCAGUUUGUACAAGGGAAGCCAUCCCAUGGGAUGAAUGUAGGGCGAAUGAGAACAUUAUCCUGGCUACCACAAAACAUGGAGGACACCUGGCUUGGAGGACACCUGGCCCUUAUUACGAGGGUAUAACUGCAAAUAGCUUGUGGUGCGUGAGAGCCGUUAAUGAAUUCUUUCAUGUCUUGCACUCUAGCCCAUUGAGAAACAGAAAAGAGAAGGUGGAAGAGUGUAGCUCGACUUCCAUGCCGCAAUCUUCAAUUGAUCAGGGACCAUUCUUGAAUGUUAUGGAAGGUGGAAUGGUGACUGCAAUGGGCAACAUCACAGACAGUGUAGCAGAAGAAACGUGCAAUGGAGAUGGGGAUCAUGUUAAGAAGGGAGAAGAAACCAUUUCUGACAGAGAGAGGAGUGAUAAUAUGACAGAUAAAAUACCUCCUAUAAUUAAUGACAAUCAACAAUCAGAUCAAAAUCUCAAUGAUCUAAUAGUUCCUAUGAGAAGAUAAAUGGGUCAGCUCUCGAAGCGAAGUGGGAUUUCAAUCUGGCUGCUUGUUGCUUGUAUACAUUGCAAUUGUAACAACUUGGCCGCUGGCAGGCUCAGCUCUUCUUUUGUUCAUCAAGAAAAGGUUCAAAAGCAUAAUUCCAGCAGCAUUGCUUAGAAGAUAACACACUAUCACAAUUAUGUACUAGAUAUAUUAUAGCCUGAUAAUUGACAAUUGGGUCUAAAUAUUGAUUUAUAAGAUGUACUAUCUUCUUCAGGAUAAUAAAGAUGCUAAUUGCAUCUCAUAACAAA